AUCGAACCGAAGAAAAAAAAAAAGGGAAGCCCCGAAUCUCUCCCUUCGUAAUUUUCUUUUUCUUUUUCUUCCCCUAUCGUCCCGAUAUUUUCUGUUCAGUUUACUCUAGGUGCUCCUGCUCCUUCCUACAUUUCUCACCCAUCCGCCCCCCCUCUUCUCACCUUCUCCAGCGAACGAGACAAGCCGUGGCUCUUCAGUCCGCCAAACCCGCCAGCCGCGGGUCCUUGAUGUCACGCUAGAUACCGUGCCAAACUCCAAAUGCCCUCCCCACGCAGACUAAAGUUAAUAGCCGUAGCGGCGGUAACAGUGUUUUUGAUUGUUAUCUACUACAGAGUGCUUAUCCCUCCCUUCCCCCUCUAUUCGUCGCUCCGUCUGUUUCUAACGGAAAGCCCAAACAGAGCGGGAAUGAUGCUGUCAAAAGGGAAACUUACAUGCAAACGAUGCAAAAAGCCGCUCAGGAUCGCGAGAAUGCGGGCGUGGGAAACCGCCUCCGCGAAGCGGCCGACGCGGCGAAGAAAGCGGCAGACAUGAAGGCCGGGCCAAAACCUGAUUCUCCGAGGGCGGUGGAGGCGGUGAUGAGGGGUCGAUUGGAACAGGGGCCGAUUGCGAAGGAGGGGGAUGAUGCUGAUGAUGGGGGCGAGUACAGCGCUAUAGAUGAAUUAGCGGAGGUGCUGAGGAGGUCGCCCAGUAUGUUCUCCUUCUCCUCGUUUGGCUAUAAAGUUGCUGGAGCUAAUGCCCAAACCCUAGUAAUAAUCUUCUCGAAGACCUACUGCCCACACUCCAGCGCCGCAAAGGACCUCUUUUUGAAUGCCUACAAGAUUGUGCCAACGCCCUACGUCGUCGAACUAGAUAACCACCCCCACGGCUCUGAAUUGCAGGAUUUGCUGGCGAAGCAGACUGGGCGGCGGACUGUUCCUGUGGGUUCCACCGUUUCUCUCUUUCCUUCUUUCUUCUUGCCUUGGGAGUAGCUAAUGGUGGUGGUGGUGGGUGACAGAACAUCAUGAUAUCCGGAAAAUCCAUCGGCGGUAACGAUGACGUGCAGCAGCUCGAGAAGGAUGGGAGAUUGGGUGAUACCAUACACAGCAUGGGUGGAAAGCGGAUUAUGAGAGUGUUGAAGCUCAAGGAGUGAUCCUUCGAUCCUUCUGUUUGUUUUCUUGUUCCAUUUGUUUGCUGUUGGGGGUGUAGGAUUGCGAGGUGUUUCCAGGGUGUAUUCAUAGUCACGGUUACUUGUUGUUCCAUGCUACUGGAACUCAUCCACGUUUGUCUCUUGGUGUCGGCUGCCGAAUUGGGUCGGGGUCACUUUUUUGUAAUGGUUCUGCCGUGAGGCGCUGGUUAUCAUACUUGUUUCAAUAGGAAUGAGAGAGAGGCGGCGGGGACGACAGAAGACUAUGAGGAUGGCAUUAUGAGGUUUGUUGAAGACGAGUGGAUAUGCUAAAUCCGGUGACACGCUCGUACUGUACUCCCUACAGUACUGCGCGGAGGGUUCCACCACAGCUUCCAAACAAUACCGGUAGCGAUAGGCUCAUGUAAUCCUUCCGCAAUACUUGCGUGGGUAUACAGUGCCGGUAUACAGGUAAUUCGGGCAAGCACC